AGUGUGUCGUCUCUGAGAGUGUAAAUGGUGUUUUUUUUUUUGGGAUACGCCUAAUUAAGGGAUCGAAUAUUGUUGUGUUAUUUCUGAAAUCAUAACUUGUCCUCCUCGCUGCUCCUGAGCUGUCAGGGUGAGAAUUAUCAUCGAAAAGGUUACAGAAGGAACUGCUAGCCUUGCAGAAUGAUCCGCCCCCUGGAAUGACCCUAAAUGAGAAGAGCGUACAGAACACCAUCACACAAUGGAUUGUGGAUAUGGAAGGAGCCUCUGGUACUCUUUAUGAGGGGGAGAAAUUUCAGCUUCUUUUUAAAUUUAGUAGUCGUUAUCCCUUUGACUCACCUCAGGUAAUGUUCACCGGCGACAAUAUACCUGUCCAUCCCCACGUUUAUAGCAAUGGCCACAUCUGCCUGUCCAUCUUAACGGAGGACUGGUCACCAGCUCUUUCUGUGCAGUCCGUUUGUCUUAGCAUUAUUAGCAUGCUGUCUAGCUGCAAAGAGAAGAGGCGGCCUCCUGAUAACUCCUUUUAUGUACGGACAUGUAAUAAAAAUCCAAAGAAGACAAAAUGGUGGUAUCAUGAUGAUACCUGUUAAUAUGAACUUUCUAGAACUCCCGGAGGGAAGAAGUCCUACUGACAUUAUAAAAGCACUUUUUGAUAGCAUAUGGUCUCUGAACUUUAAACUUGGACUCAAACACAAGCAUGGACUCAGACCACAAACAUGGGAGAUGAUAUCAGCUGUGUUACCGGUAGCCAGUUGGAUGCAUGUUUGGG